AUGCGGACAGAUAACAACACUAAGACUCUCACCACUGCCGAGCGUCCUGCAAAGGAGGCGAACUUCGACGUCGAGAAACCAGGAGAGGUACACAACGAAUACCUGGCCAAUGCUCAGGGGGAGGGUGAUGUCGAUUAUUCUAGAGCCAGGACUGAGAAAUAUCCAGAAGAGGACAAACCGACCCUGUGGCUUAUGUGCUGGCUCAACUACUUGGACCGAAAUGCCAUUGCAGUGGCAAGACUCAACGACCUCGAGGAUAACCUCGGCCUGGUCGGGUGCAAUACAACACGGCUGUGUCAAUUUUAA